AUGAAGAGAAGAGUUUUGAAUGCGCGAUAUCUAGAUUGCAGACGUAAUAAUACUCAUCCUUUAACCAAAAAGUCGCCUUCUAUAGUUUUAGACAGAGAUAUGGAGGUUCGAAAAGACACAGAUAGAGAUGUUUAUGGCAAUGAAUUGAUUGGAAGCUCAGAAAGUGAUAGCUGCUCAGAGUCAGAUAAUGAUUCCUUAACGGAGGAUCUAGAUCAGGUUGGACGGUUAAACUUAAGUUUGCCUAUUAAAUUUAAUUUCAAAUCUUAUAUAAAUAGAGAAUCAUUCAACUUUGCAAACUUGCCUCUGUUCGAAGUAUCCAAGAUUCAAGAGCUUUCAAAGGAACUUUCUAAUUAUUUGGCCAACUACAGAAACCAAAAUGACACCGAAGCAACUCACCAUGGAAAUGAAAUUAAGCAACAUCAAGAAAGGCUUAUUAAUACGAUAAAGACAGCUAUUUCCACGAGAAUACAGAUGAACAACAUUUUAAAUGAUUUAGAUUUAGGAUUCAGUAUAACUACAGCGAUAGAUAGAUUACAACCUUUAAAAGACAUCGUUCAUGAUGCCAUAUCUCUUCCUGCUGAAGAUACGAGCGACUUUGAUGAUGACUACGACCUAAUAACCGAAGAACAUACAGAACCAGUUGGAGUUGAUGAGAUUGUGAAUGAGGAUGGCCUUUUCAUUAACGAUAUUGUUAGACCUGAGGAUAGAAGAGCACAUAGGAGAUUCUUAUUUAGUGAGGGAAAUGAUAGUAGUUCGUUCGCAAGUGACCUAGAUAAUGUGGAAGGUCUAUCAAUCGAAGAAGUCAAGGAUCUUACUGACCUAGAUUCGUUGGAAGACUUUCGUAAGGAAAGCUUGCUACGAGAGAAAAUUCAGAAAAUUCAAGGCUUUUCAAAUUUAUCUCAACAUCUGAAAAGCAAAUUAGUGACUAGAUUAAUGAUGGGUAAUUAUAAAAAAUAUAUCAGAUUAGAACCUCUGAGCCCCAGUACUUUUAAUAUAAGGCUGGAACUAAGCGGAGCAGAAUCAGAUGGCAACGAAUCAGAUAAUGACGCAUUGGAUGACCUAAAAUCAGAGAUCUCAGGUAGAUCAGAUGAAUAUUCUUUAGAGGAUGAAGUAAUUUUAACAGACAAGGAUCAAGAAGCCACUUAUUUUGAUUCUCCAUUUAACCAAAUAAUGGGUUGCCAGCAUUACCAAAGGAAUUGUAAAGUUGAAUGUCCUAUUUGUUUACGUUGGUUCACAUGUCGCUUUUGUCACGAUAAUGAAAUUUCGGAUCACAAAUUAACAAGAUCACAAGUCAAGCACGUCCUUUGUAUGAACUGUUUAACUCCACAGGUGCCCAAAAAUAACUAUUGUGUUGAAUGUGGCCUUGAAUUAGCACACUAUUUUUGUAGAACUUGUGUGUUGUAUGAUAACGAUCCCACCAAGGAUAUAUAUCAUUGUGAUCAAUGUGGCAUAUGCCGCUUGGGGUUGGGUAUAGGCAAAGAUUAUUUCCACUGUGACAAAUGUAACAUAUGCUUGUCGAUAGAUUUAAAAGAGAAACAUAAAUGCCUAUCGAAUACUACACAUUGCAACUGUCCAGUUUGUAACGAGUAUUUGUUCACCUCCGUUAAUAAGGUUGUUUUCAUGAAAUGUGGCCAUUCAAUACACCAACAUUGUUAUGACGAAUUAAGCAAGCAUUUCUAUAAAUGCCCUAUCUGUAAAAAAACUGUUGUUAAUGUUGAGGCGCAAUUUAGAAUAUUGGACCAAGAAAUAAUUCAGCUGCCUCUUCCGGCUCCGUAUAAUCAUUGGAAAUGCGUCAUUAGUUGUAAUGAUUGCAAGGGCAAAUCUUAUUCGCAGUAUCAUGUAUUAGGAUUGAAAUGCAAAUAUUGUAAAAGCUAUAACACUAAUCAGCUUAAAUUGAUAAAACCGGAGGAAGAAGAUGAAAGCGAAAGAGGUGAACCUUAUCCCGCUAACGAGAGGGAGGCAGGUUCUCAAUUGCUUUUGGCUGAGACGAACUUAGGAAGUAACUUUAGAAUAGAUGAACAAAAUAACAGCCAUAAUAGCGAAAGACAGAAUCACGAACUAGGUGAAGUUUGUGAUGAUAAUAUCAAUAAUAUCGUUGAUAUUAAGAACUUAACAACUUCACUUGUGAACAAUAUAAUGCCUCAAAGCACAACUGAUUCUACGGUAUCUUAUCUCACGGCAAAACUACAAAGUUUCCUAUCUAAUCAGGACAAUAGAUCCGACAACGGAGCAUCCGAUAAUACAUUAAUCUCUUUGGAAGAAAGGCAAUCUCAAGGAUCAACCGGUGAAUAA